AUGGGACACAUUGGUGCCCAUGCCUUGAAACAGUGGUUUGAUCAAAGGAAUUUGAAGGUUACAUGGCAUAAUAUAAACCAAGCCUUAAAAAUGUGUGUUAAUUGUCCUAAUAGCAAGUUAAGGUUCAAUAAGAAUUAUCAUGGAAAAAUUGGUUAUAAAAUGGGAUUUAAUACUCUGGUACAGAUUGAUUUUAUUGGACCAUUGCCAAGAUUUAGAAAUAAAUAUGCAUGCACUAUGGUUGAUGUUACCACAGGAUUAGCUAUGACAAGACCAGGUAGCCAUCCAGACCAGCAAGCAUGCAUCAUGACCUUGUUAAUGUGGUGUGCCCAAUAUGGACCACCACAAGUCAUUCAAUCAGACCAGGGAUCACACUUUACAGGAACACUUACACAAAGAAUAGCAAAGAAUUUAGGAAUAAUGUGGGACUUUCAUAAAGCAUACAAUCCAACAAGUGCUGGAGCCAUAGAACAUUUUAAUGGAUUGCUAAAAACACAAUUAACACACAGAAUAGGCGAACCAUUAGAAAAAGCACUACUAUAUUCUACAUUAGAAUUAAAUCAGAGACCUAGAUUAAACAGAGAUAGCCCCUUACAAGAAGCCCUAAAAUUACAACCAUUUUUGGAAUAUACAGUGGAGGGAAACAGAGAUUUAAUAAGACCUCAUCUCUGCCUCCACAGAAAUCAGAAAAAUAAUCUGAUCACAAAGGCCGAGAUUGUGGCCCAAGGAACAGGAAAUAAUAUGUGGAUCACGCAAGUGCUCAUCUGGAUCGCACUACCCAUAUUGGACCUGGUAUGGAAUUUUUGUUUCCUUAUUUGGAAUCACACCAUGGUAGAAAAUCGCACCAUGGCACACCCAGGCACAAAGGCCAUGAAUUACACAUUAUGUUGGUUUUAUUUCUUAUGA